CGGAGUCAUCAGCAUAAAAGUACAAACCACACUCGAUGCUACGCCGACUACGAGUUCCGAACACGCAAGUCCUCGCCUCGAUCACCAAAACAAGAACCAUGUCCACCCAGAAGCAUAUUUUCGCUCCAGGCGGCACCAAUGGCUCACUGCAAGCGGACCAAUAUACCAAAGGGUCAUUAGAAGAAUCCCAACUGCACCCGGAUCCCUUCACGCAAUUCGACAUGUGGUUCAAGCAUGCCAAUGAAUCAAACGUCUACCAGCCUGAGACUGUUACUUUGUCAACAGCUUCAUUACCAUCAGGAAAGGUCUCAGCCCGCAUGGUCUAUCUCAAAGAAAUGGACGAUCGAGGAUUUGUCAUUUACAGCAACUGGGGCACCUCUCGCAAAGCAGCAGAUAUUGCUUCGAAUCCUCACGCUGCACUGACGUUCUGGUGGCAUGAAUUGGAGCGUCAAGUGCGAGUGGAAGGCACUGUCGAACGCCUCACCUCAGAGGAAUCACAGGUCUACUAUGAUACGAGAAUACGUGGGAGCCGGCUCGGUGCAUGGGCGAGUCAGCAGAGCUCUGUGUUGAAGAAUCGAGAAGAGCUGGAGCAGCAGGUGAAGGACGUUGAGUCGAGAUUUCAGGAUCAGGAGAAAUUUCCUGUACCGGAUUUCUGGGGUGGACUAAGAGUGAAGCCGGAGACGAUGGAGUUCUGGCAGGGGCGGCCUUCAAGACUGCAUGAUCGGUUUCAAUACGUGAAGAGCGACAAUGGGGAGUGGAAGAUUCAGAGAUUGAGCCCAUGAUCACGCAAUGCAAAGUUCCCUCAGCUAGAAUGUGUUCAGCGCAGCGACGCCUAUUCUUUUGUAGUGAUGAGAAGCGGAUGCUGAACAAUCGAGACUUAGAAGUUUGGCACCAGGCGCAAAGAUCGGUCAACAGCCAUUGGCACAAGGCAAUGUUAGUCGAACGAGCAGAUGAAGUCGUUCAUUUGAGGACAAGAGCCUCCACUGUCUGAGCCUACUUCUUCACUAUGCGAACGACUCGAGCCGAUGGAGCCAAUCUCCCU